GGCUCCAGGACGGGCCGUCAGUGCCGGUCGGAGCCGGGCUGGGACGGGACGGUCGGGGCUGGGACGCGAUGCGAGCGGAGCCGGGGCUGGUGUAUCUGGUGACCGGGGGCUGCGGCUUCCUCGGCCGCCACCUGGUGCGGCUGCUGGCCCGGAGGGAGCGGCAGGUCGCCGAGAUCCGCGUCUUCGACCUGAGGGGGGACCCGGAGCUGUGCUCCCUCAGCACUGAGGCGUUGCAGGUGAAGUUGAUCCAGGGGGACAUUGCUGACGCAGGAAGUGUCACUGAGGCGGCGCGUGGCGUCGAUCUGGUCAUCCACACCGCAGGUCUGGUGGACGUCUGGCAGACAAACACCGCGGAGAGGAUCUGGGCCGUGAACUGCCAGGGGACAAUUAACGUUCUCAAUGCCUGCAAGGAGUUGGGCAUCAGGUAUCUCCUGUACACCAGCAGCAUGGAGGUUGUCGGACCAAACAUGGAUCGGGACCAUUUCAUCAGGGGCAACGAGGACACCAAGUACAACAUCCAAAACGUGGGCCCGUACGCACAGAGCAAGGCAAAGGCGGAGAAGCUCGUCCUCAGUGCCAAUGGGGAGAAGGUGGCGAGCGGGGGGACCCUGGUGACCUGCUCCCUCCGUCCCACCGGCAUCUACGGAGAGGACAAUCCCAUCAUGGAGAAGUUAUACCACAGUCUGAUGGCGUUCGGCGGCCGGAGGUUGCGGCUGGCGGGGAGGGAGGUGGAGCACGGACGAGUCUACGUGGGGAACGUGGCCUGGAUGCACCUCCUGGCAGCUCGCGCCCUCCACCGCACUCCGGACGUCCUGGGUGGACAGGUUUACUUCUGUUACGAUGACUCGCCGUACCUGAGCUACGAGGACUUCGACUCCCUGAUACUGGGACCCGUCGGGAUCCGGAUGGUGGGGCGGACCCCCGUGCUGCCUUACUGGGCUCUCUACCUGCUGGCCCUGCUCUGCGAGGGCCUGGCGCUCGCACUGCGGCAGACCGGGGCCAUCUUCAACCGCUACACGCUGGCCAUGAUCACGACCGCCUUCAGCGUCCGCACCAACAAGGCCUCCCGACACUUUGGCUACAGCCCGCUGGUGCCCUGGGCUCAGAGCUGGGCCCGGACCCAGGCCUGGGUCCAGAGCCUGGCUGGGAGGGACGCCAGGGGGCCGGGAGCGGGACGGACGCCUCCGGCCGACUAGGCCCUGAACCUCUUGGCCUCCUGGCUCUUGACCUCCGCCCUGCUCUCGGGUUGGUCUGCUGCCCCAAAACUGCAUCAACCCCCUCCCCCAAACCUGCCUCCCCCCCUCUGCCCCACAACAUUGUGCCAAUGUGAUUAAACUGGUGAUUAAAAUGGUAAA